CAACACAACCCUAGAUUCUGAGUUUCAGUCUCCCGCAAGCUUCUCCCCCCUCGAAAAAUUCAAAAUCCCGCGCCCCGAUAUCUCUAUUUAAACACAACCAGUUAACCAUUAUCACAAUUCACAAUCAUCAUCAAAAUCAUCUUCCUCUUUGUUCAAUUUCGAAAAUGCCUUCCAUUCCAGAAGAACCCCUCCUCACCCCCAACCAGGACCGAUUCUGCAUGUUUCCAAUUCAAUACCCACAAAUUUGGGAGAUGUACAAAAAGGCCGAAGCCUCCUUCUGGACCGCCGAGGAAGUCGAUUUGUCCCAGGACCUCCGCCACUGGGAAACCCUAUCCACCGACGAGAAGCAUUUCAUCAAACACGUUCUGGCCUUCUUCGCCGCCUCCGACGGCAUCGUCCUGGAAAACCUAGCCGGACGCUUCAUGAAGGAGGUGCAGAUCUCGGAAGCCCGCGCCUUCUACGGUUUCCAGAUCGCAAUCGAAAACAUACACUCCGAGAUGUACAGCCUCCUCCUCGAAUCCUACAUAAAGGAUUCCGACGAGAAGAACAGGCUCUUCCGCGCAAUCGAGACCGUCCCCUGCGUGGAGAGGAAGGCCAAUUGGGCACUCCGCUGGAUCGACGGCGGCGAGUGUUUCGCCGAGCGGAUAAUCGCGUUCGCCUGCGUGGAAGGGAUAUUCUUCUCCGGAAGCUUCUGCGCCAUAUUCUGGCUGAAGAAGCGCGGUCUGAUGCCGGGGUUGACUUUCUCGAACGAGUUGAUAUCGCGUGACGAAGGUCUGCACUGCGAUUUCGCGUGCCUGCUCUACAGUUUGCUGAAGAUGAAGCUGAGCGAGGAGAAAGUGAAGGGGAUAGUGGCGGACGCGGUUGAAAUUGAGAGGGAGUUUGUGUGCGACGCGCUGCCGUGCGCGUUGGUUGGGAUGAAUGGAGAACUGAUGAGUCAGUACAUUGAGUACGUGGCGGAUAGAUUGCUGAAUGAAUUAGGGUACGGAAAGAUGUACAAUGUUCAGAACCCGUUUGAUUGGAUGGAGUUGAUAAGUCUGCAGGGGAAGACUAAUUUCUUUGAGAAGAGAGUUGGUGAGUAUCAGAAAGCUUCUGUUAUGUCUAAUUUGAAUGGCAAUGGUGGAGAUAACCAUGUCUUCAAAUUGGAUGAAGAUUUCUGAUUUUAGAUCUACACAAUUUCUAAUUGUUUGUUUGUAACCUUAAUUGUUUUUCCCACCCUUUUUAAUGCUUAUUAAAUGGAUUAGGAGUUUAGUA